CUUCUUCUUCUUUCUUCUUCUCGUACACGCACAAACACACGCGAUCUCUAUCUCUCUCUAUCUUUCUUGCUGCCUUUUUUCGUCUUUUCGUGUUUAGUCGCUCUCUCUAUCCUGAUCGAACGACGGAUAGACCUCCACGUCCUCGUCGUCUUCGUCUCAUUCUCCCCAACUUAUAACUGCCUCGUCCGCCUCUCCACCUUUUUCUGCUUCUUCUGGUUUUUAGGGUUUUCAGAGAUGCGAGAGAAGGGUCUGGCCAUCGAUGUCUCCGUGACUCCCGUGCUUAUCUAUGGAUCGACGUUCGUUUUCCGGUUGAAGAUCUGAACCUUUCUCUGUUCGUUGUCGACCGUGUAGCUCUUUGAGUGUCGAAUUAGGUUUUUUAUUGGAUUGUGCUCGUGUAGAGGUUGAUCAUUCGAGGCUUGGUUAGGAGGGCAAGAACUGAUACUGUUGCAGAGAUUGCUGCUCUCUUUUUUUCUGGUUCAUUUAUGGCGAUUGUAAAGAAUAACUUUGGGGUUUCGAAAUUAGAUGGGGAGUUUUCUCCUGGGAGUAGAGACAGUAUGUCGACUGAUGAGGAUGAACUUCACAAGCGAAGCUCUACGUCAGAAUCUGAUAUUGAUGAUGACGAAGACGAAGACGGUGUGGACUCUGGAGCUGGUUCUGAUGACUUCGAUAUGUCAGAAUUGGGAGAAAUUGGGGCAGAAUAUUGUCAACUUGGUAGCGGUAACUGUAGUAUUCCUUACGAGCUCUAUGAUCUUCCAGAUUUGGGGGAAGUUCUCACAUUGGAUGUGUGGAACAAUUGCUUGACUGAGGAGGAGCGUUUUUCCCUUGCGGAGUUUCUUCCUGACAUGGACCAGGAGACCUUUAUGCGUACAUUGAAAGAGCUCUUCUCUGGCAGCAACUUCCAUUUUGGAAGCCCGGUGGCCAUGCUCUUUGAUAUGUUGAAGGAGGGACUAUGUGAACCGAGAGUAACACUUUACAGACGGGGUUUGAAUUUCUUCCAGAAGCGGGAACACUACCACCUUCUGCGCAAGUAUCAGAACUUAAUGGUCAGUAAUCUUAUUCAGAUAAGGGAUGCAUGGGAAAACUGUGCAGGAUACAGCAUUGAAGAGAGGCUUCGUGUUCUGAACAUAAUGAGAAGUCAGAGAAGUCUGAUGUAUGAAAAAAUGGAGGCCAGGGGAUUGGAGACUGAUACGUCAGACAGGGACGAAUCUGGUGAGGGUUUCUGGAGCAAGAGACUGAAGGACAUCAAGCUCAAGCCUAAGAUAGGUCGUCGUGAUAUAUACCCAUCAAGUCCAACUUUGAACAAUUCUUCUCGAGGAAGGCCUGUGCCCCUGGAACCUGCAAAACAUAGAAAGUCAAAUCCAAAAGGAAUUUUGAAGUUUGCUGGGUCGAAGGCCCUUUCUGUGAAGGGAUUUGUGGGGCGUUUUCCUUCAUCCAUUCAGCCUGGCUUGGAAAGUAAAUCUAGGUCUUAUCUUCCGACUUUAGCUCUUUCACGGAAAGAUCAGGUCUCAGAGUAUGACUCAGAAUCUGCUCCACGGUCGAGGGGACAGAUAAGAGGUGAGGAAGAUGCAGAAGGGCCACCCUAUGUAAUGGAUCACUUGAGAGACCGAACUCAUGGCAGUGCAAUGUCUAAGGCUGGCUUGUUCAAAUCAGGAAAGAAAAACAAAUUCUUCAAAAGUGAAGAUGAGUAUGCUGCUGAAAGUUUGAUGGGUUUACCACUGGCUAUACAGAAUGAUUUACAUUCUCAUGGCAGGAGCAGGGGUGUUAAUCAGAUGGCAGAACGGGAACCAUUGAAAGCAAAACCAAGUGGUGAAAAAUCUUCAUAUAAUUGUUAUUCCCGAGUUGCUGGGGCAAAGGCCAAGCAUACUCAGAAGGUUCAGAAUACCAAAGAUCAGAUAAAGGCUACAAAGGACCAAGCACAGAAUUUGUUACUAAGAGGAAAUCAAGCUGACUGGUCUGUUGGAAGGGAGCCCAUUCAGCACAACAAAGUGAAAGAAGAAGCCUUUAAUGUGGAUCAUCCAGUUAAGCAUGAUGAGUGGAGUGUUAAAGGCAAAAGGUGGAAGAUGGGGAAGGAUUUUCAGACGGGUAAAAACAGUGUGGAUCUUGACUUUAAAGGUAAAUCUCAUAGAACUUUCCCAACCCAGAUGAAUGAUAUGUUAUUCCAUUCUGAUUAUAGAACAAAGGCAUCGCUAGAUAAGGUGAAGAAAAAAUCUUCACGAAAUGGAGGACAUAACAUGGAAGAGCUUAGAGUCGCCAAUAUGUUUGCCCGAAAUGAGGAAACAGAGUCAGACUCAUCAGAGCAGGUCAGUGAAGAAGAAUUCAGCCCUUUGAGAAAUAAGCUAGGGCAUCCAAGGGGUGUAGAGGGUCAUCGGUCAACUUCAACAAAAGCAAUAGCAGAUCCUAAGAAGGGCAUUAAACUUGGGAGGAAAGACAGGGAGUAUGCCGAGGCACUUGAACAGUUGCGUAUGGCAGAUGUAGAUGUUUAUUCAUCGAAAGGGAAACAAAAGGGUAAGGUACGUGAUCCAAGCUACAUGCACACUGAUGCUACCGGAAUCUCUGAGGAGAACGGGUAUGGUGGUUUUGCUAAAACCAAUGAUGAUGGGAAAAAAACUUACAAAGUGGGGAAGAAUGGCCAUGUGCUGGGUGAACCUGGUGAAAGGUUAUGCCUGCCAUCAUUGAAGGCCUACCCUCCAGAGAGAAAGCAUAAAGGAAAAGUCGAUCAUGAUUAUUCUGUGCCUCAGUCAAAUUACAUGCAUGAUUACAUUGAUGAGGAGGAAAACAAUUUGCAUCUAAAACAGAGGUUGGUGCAUGAUCAUGGACUAACCAAUAAGUUAGGGAAGAAAGGUCAAAACUCUAAAGCUCAUUUAAGUGAUCGUCAUGAAAGGUCAAAAUUUUCCUUGUCAGGGUGCAACUCCAAGAAGCGGAAGGGCAAGGCUGAUGUGAAAUACAUGGAUGGGACAAAUGAAUCUGAUCAAAUGCCAUCUAGUCCUCAACAGCUGGUUGAUGAUUCAACAUCCUUGAAGAAACGUGGAAAACGGAAAGUGGAGGCUGAAACAGAUUCUUUGGCUAUUGAAAACUCUGAGCCGCUGGUUUCGGAAAGGGUGGCCAUAGAUGUAGAAGCAGAGGCAAAACCCCCAAAGAAGCCAUUUACUUUGAUCACACCAACCGUUCACACUGGCUUCUCUUUCUCCAUUAUACAUCUUCUUUCAGCAGUUCGCAUGGCAAUGAUUACUCCUAAUGCCGAAGAUAGCUCAGAGCUUGACAACCAUCUUAGCAGGAGUGAUGGAAGGCAUAAAACUAAUAACGAAGAGCAGAGCAGAAGGCAUGAAACUAAUGUGGAUACAAAUAACUCAGAACAUGUGGGACAGAAGGCCUUGCCCUCUCUCACUGUUCAAGAUAUUGUCAACCGUGUGAGAUCAAACCCGGGAGAUCCUUGUAUUCUUGAAACACAGGAGCCACUGCAGGAUUUGGUCAGAGGAGUACUGAAGAUAUUUUCAUCCAAAACAGCCCCCUUGGGAGCAAAGGGUUGGAAGACGCUUGUCUGCUAUGAAAAAUCUACAAAAAGUUGGUCCUGGAUCGGACCACUUAUUGAUAGCUCCUCAGACCUUGAGGCUGCUGAAGAAGAAACCUCUUCUGAGGCUUGGGGCCUUCCUCACAAGAUGCUUGUGAAGUUGGUUGAUUCGUUUGCUAACUGGCUGAAAAGCGGUCAGGAAACUCUUCAGCAAAUAGGAAGCCUACCUGCUCCCCCUUUGACAUUGAUGCAGCCCAACUUGGAUGAGAAGGAGAGGUUUAGGGACCUACGAGCUCAGAAGAGUCUCACCACUAUCAGCCCAAGCUCUGAAGAAGUAAGGGCUUACUUUCGGAAGGAGGAACUUCUUAGGUACUCUGUUCCAGACAGGGCCUUUUCAUACACUGCUGCUGAUGGUAGAAAAUCCAUUGUUGCUCCUCUGAGAAGGUGUGGUGGUAAGCCAACAUCCAAAGCCCGGGAUCAUUUUAUGCUUAAGCCUGAUCGGCCACCUCACGUUACAAUUCUUUGUCUUGUGAGGGAUGCAGCUGCCCGGUUACCUGGAAGUAUUGGCACCCGAGCAGACGUUUGUACCCUGAUAAGAGAUUCCCAGUACAUAGUGGAAAAUGUAUCUGAUGCACAAAUUAAUCAAGUUGUUAGUGGAGCCCUGGAUCGUCUGCACUAUGAACGUGAUCCUUGUGUUCAAUUUGAUGGAGACAGGAAGUUAUGGGUUUACUUACAUAGAGAAAGAGAAGAAGAAGAUUUUGAAGAUGAUGGAACCUCAUCUACGAAGAAAUGGAAAAGGCAAAGGAAAGAUGGUACCGAGCAAUCAGACCCUGGGACGCUGAACAUGUCUUAUCAUGGGUCAGGGGAGCCAAUUGCAAGUGGCCUUGGAUAUGAUUUGGGCUCUGAUCUCAAUGUGGAGCCAUCACCUAUUCAUGAAGGGAGGAGAACAGAGCUUGGAUAUAAUGAUUCUAAGCAAAAAAUAGAGGAUAAUGUUGAGCCCUAUGUUGGACAAGGAGGCAUGCAUCUAGGGUGUCCACCGGGUUGGGAGGCUCGGGAAAGCAAGAUGCUGUGUCAAGAAAAUUCCACAAAUGAAGAUUUUGAUGAUGAAACAUUUAGUAGAGAAAGGCCAGUUGGGCUCUUGAGUGCAGGCUUAUAGUGAAGAAUGUUGAUACAAUAGUGAAGUACCGGGUUUUCCCAGAUCUGUCCAGACACAAAAAUCCAUUGAUAAACAAGGACAAAUGAGGAGGCUAGUUGAAUUGCUUGUCAUCUUGAAGUAAGGGUGAAAAAUGUGAUUAACAAAGACCAUUGACUAUUAUUAGGAUAGACCUGAUGCAGCUUGCUGGUUCUUGGAGGUUGAUGGACCCCAGUUCAGGGCCAGGGUCAGUUAGGUUUAGAAGGUCAGCAAAUUUACAAGGCGUGAUCAUCUCCAUUUGAGGCGCAUGUGUGUACAUUGGAGAUUGUGUAUUCAAUGGUGAGGUGAAACUCUUCUAUUGUAGCAUAUCCAGGAGGUUGAAAGUGAACAUGUCCACUCUUGAAUGUGUGCAUCUGAAACUUGCACAAUAUUAGGCUACUUCCCAAAAGGCGAGCUCCAGCCGUCCAUGUGUGACAGAUUGCAGUUUGCUUACUGAAGUUCUCUGUAUGGAAAGAAGGGAUCUUCAGGGUUGGUUAGCUGCUCAGAAACAUUUUUGUUUGCUUGCAUGGACUUGGUGGAAUUUCCUACUUGACAGAGGAUAGCUCAAACUCAAAUAGAUCUCUCUGCACUACUAGAGUCCCAAGUCUCGACAGGCUACCCCAUUUGGAUUUCUUCUCUAUUAGAAGCCAGAGGGAGCCAACUUCACCUGCCCUGGCAUUGUUGUUAAUGCUCGAACGGAAAUUUCUCGCCAAUGUAGUCACAAGCACUAUAUUCAGUAGGUAAAUUAAUAAUAGGGAAAUGAACGCUUCCUGGUUA